AAAUUCUUAAUUCUUUAAAAAUUCAAAUUAUUUACUGUAAUAAAAAGUUCACUUUUCUUUUUCGUUAAUUAUAAGGUAAACAUUAUUUGAAAUGAAUGAAGAUUAUGGUGUGAUUUAUUCAAAUUAAUUAUUAUGGCAAAUAAUUUAUGGAAAGAGAUUGAUUUUGAUAAUUAUCAGUAUCAUGUUACAAUUUCUUCUAUUAAUUUAGAGGAAACUAUUGAAAAUAAAAAGAUAGUUAAAAUAGAAGAUUUGGAAAAAAGAAAAGAUGCGUAUGGAACGUGUGGAGAAUGUAACAGUCCUGGUACAGGAAGCAAAUGGUGUCGAACUUGUAAUGCUAAAAGAUUUAAAGAAAAUUUUAGUAAUUGGACUAGUGAACAUAAAGAAAUUGAUGAAUUAAUAAGAGAAUCACAGAUUAACGCUGUAUAUCAUAAGAAAUGUCUUGAGUGGAUACCUUUUGAAGAUUUUGAAGGGGUUACUCCUAAAGCCAAAGGUGGAUUUGGAGAAAUUUAUGAAGCCAAAUGGCCCAAAGGGUACAUUUGUUAUUGGGACAUUGAAAAUAAAGAAUGGAAUAGGAGAUCAAAUAUCAAAGUUGCAUUGAAGAAAUUAGAUGAUUUUUUUGAUAGGAUUACAGAAUUUUUAAAUGAGAUUAAAUCUCAUCUCGAUAUUUAUCUUACGGACGUUAUUCAAUGUUAUGGGAUAACUAAAAAUAAAGAUUCAGGAAAAUAUAUGAUGGUUUUACAAUUCUGUGAAAAUGGAAAUUUGAGAGAAUAUUUAAAUAAAUCUGAAAAUUAUUUAGAUUAUGAAUCAAAAAUUGAGCAUUUAUAUAUGAUCGCGAGAGGACUUUCUGAUAUUCAUAAUGCUGGAAAAGUUCAUAGAGACAUUCAUCCAGGAAAUAUAUUAUUUUGGAGCGCUUCAUAUAUAAGUGAUUUAGGAAUGUGUCAACGAGAAAAAGAUGGAAAACAAAAUGAAAUAUUUGGAGCAUUACGUUAUAUGGCGCCAGAAGUUUUACGAGGAAACAAAUAUACAAAGGCAGCAGAUAUUUACUCAUUUGGAAUAGUAAUGCAUGAAUUUAUAUCAGAAGAGAUUCCAUAUAAUAAAGCUACACAUGAUAAUAAAAUUAUUCAAGAUAAUAAAUUAUUAGCUUUAUCAAUAUGUGAUAAUGGGGUCAGACCAGAAAUUUCUGAAGAUAUACCAAAAUUACUUGUAGAUUUAAUUACAAAAUGUUGGGAUGGUAAAGCAGAAAAUCGACCAACUGCUAAAGAAUUAUGUCAAAAAUUAAAGAAAUUAGAUGAUGAAAUAAAAAACCAUGAAGAUGAAGAUAACGAAGAUAGUGAUAAUAAUGAACGUAAUAAGGACAACAAGGGUAAACAUAGCGGAAUUCGUUCUCAGAUUAAAGAAUGUGAAAAUUUUAGAAAAAAAGAAAAAAUCAAAUCAAAAAAUAAUUUAGAUCCAGAAGCUUAUAUUAGUAAAUCAUUAUCAGUUAUUUCAGAUUGUUUAAGUUGUAAAAUUUAAAGAAAAUUUCUUAAAGUGGUUCUGAUAGUGACCUAUUUAGCGUCGUAAUCCUGUUAUAUUUUUAUUUAUUUAUUUAUUUAUUUAUUAUUUAUUAUCCUUACUCAAAUUAGUCUAAGAUUGUAAAAUAAAAAAAAAUUAAUAUUAUUAUUAACGUUUCUAUCCUACCACCUAUUAAGAUUAUGCGUGAAAUUCUUAUUUACAGCUUUACAGCACCAAAAUUAUGAUGAACGUUCAUAUAGAUUAAUUUUAUAUUUCGGACUAAAAAAAAAGAAAUUAAUUUAGUUCUAAAUGGAUCUUCUAAUCAUCCGAAUCAUUAAUUCCGACUGACAUUAAAUAUUUCUGCCGGG